AUGGCCCCACUAAACGUCCCCAGCGCCCUCGCGCCACUAGCCACCUCCACCUACUCCAUCCCCGCUAUGCCGCUUGUCACGCAACUCUCCGCGCUAGCGACCAUCGUCACCCCGACGACUCCCUACACGCCCAUGACCUCUCCAUCCUCCAUUUCGGAUAUCCUCCACCAGAUCUCCAAAGCAGAUGUCGCUGCCGAGCCUACUUCCACUUUUGACCUCAAAGUCAAGUCCAGCAGCUCUGGAGCUGAAGGCGGUCUGUCGACUAUAGCUGUAGUCGGCAUUAUCGGUGGUAUUCUUGUGGGCAUGCUUAUUUUGGGGUUUGUUGUUGUGAAAAUGUGCCAUCAUUAA